CGAAAAACGGGUUCUAGCUAAAAAGCUGUUAUUUUUUGGCUUUAACUUUUUUUGCCUUGCCUCUUUUCUCGCCAAGGUUUCUUAUUAUUUUUGCUAACCUUGAUUUCGAUUUAUUACUUUUCUUCUACUACUUCCGAUUGUCGAUAUUUACCAGCGACAAGAUAAUAAAACGGGAAGUAAUAAAAAGAAAGAAGAUUGGAAAUAGUUUGUACGACUCGGAGCUAUUUCUAAAGGUACACAGCAUUUGGAAGUACCUACCUACCUAGUCGGUGACGACAACUACGACGAUCUACUAUCCCACCCCACGAAACGAAACACUUGGCGAAAGACAAAAAGAAACUCGGUAUCGUGAGGGGACUCAGUAUUACGAGUAAAAAAGACAUUGCUUUAUCGAGCUUAUACGAAAGUUACGGGAUCGAGCGAACGAUUAUAAUCUAGUUGAGCGGUCUAGCGAAAAAGAGAAGUGAGCAAGUGGAAAACCAGAAAGAAAACAGAAAUCAUGUCGAAACGAACCAACAGCGCCAGCAAUGGCUCUGCGCCGAAGACAGGUGUUACUGAAGAGCCUUCAUACAACAAGCAGAAGGACCUCCUCUCUUCGUCCACGGGACACUUUUCGCUGCUCAAGGCGUUACAUAUGGCGGAUUAUAUUACUGAAUUGAACGGCUUCUGCGGCAUCAUGUCCGUCUUCUCAUCGUUACGGUACUGCCUUGGCGACCCCGCAGACAAGAACAACCUCUACCUGGCCCUAGCUUUCCUACCUUUUGGUCUAUUCUUCGACUUCAUGGACGGUCGCGUCGCGAGGUGGCGCAAGAAGAGCAGUAUGAUGGGACAAGAACUAGAUUCAUUAGCUGACUUGAUCUCCUUUGGUCUCGCCCCCGCCUGCGUAGCCUUCAGCAUCGGCCUCCGUACAACCCUCGACCACAUCCUCCUCGCCGUCUUUGUGCUCUGCGGUCUAACCCGCCUAGCGCGGUUCAACGUCACCGCGUCAAGCGGCGCCGUACCCAAGGACGCAGCCGGCAAAGCCGCGUACUUUGAAGGCACGCCCAUUCCCACGACCCUCGGCAUCGAUGCGCUGAUGGCUUGGUGGGUAAGCCGCGGUUGGGUUUUGGAUCAGGUACCCGGUGGUGUGUGGUUUGCGGGUUCGGCGCUGGAGGUACAUCCGAUCGUGGGUUUGUUCCUUGUGCAUGGGUGUCUGAUGUGCAGUAAGAGUUUGCAUGUUCCCAAGCCCUAGUCUGCUCUGUUAUAUCUACUGAACGGCAGGGAAGCAUGGGGUAAGAAAGGGACACGAGGGUGCAGAUGUUAGAUCUGGUUAUGUUUUAUGUUCUUAGUAAUGAGUUUUGCAUGCAGCGGGUGUGGUGAUUUCUAUUCUGAGGUGGGUUGGUGAGUGGGUGGAUAUACGUGUCUUCCAGGCGGAUAGUCAUAGAAAAGGCAACGAAAAACAGCGUUAGAGAAACAGAAUACACCAGCGAUGAAAUGAGAUGAUGGGUUUGGGGAGCACUUGUGGUUGAAUUCAGUAUAUGAGCAUAGCAUAACAUAGGAUCGUUGGUGAUUCAUAUAGCAUACACGGGGAAUGAAAUUACCCAGCUCUUAUUCAAUGUUUGGAGUAUGACACUUUGCUAUUCAAUGGAUCACAUGCGUAGACGGGAAGGUGAAAGA